CGCACGGAGCAAUAAUUUAUCUGUUUUGGUGGGGUGUUUUGAGAGCUGGGUACUAAUUUUAAACACUUUUCUCAUUUGUGUGUUUGGUUGUUUGACCUCCUGCGUCCAUUCACAAUCAAAAAGUUGUCCAGUAAACAACGUCUGUCGUGGUUUCGGUCUCCAUCUGGCUCCACGGGAAAGCUGUCACGGAUGUCUGACAAAAAGGACGAAGAAAAUCUGGAAAAUGAAGGAGAUGGACCUACGACUGUUGUGUACGUUUUCCCAAAUGGGGACAGAUAUGAAGGGGAAUGCAGCAGAUCUGAUUCAGGUGAGCUGGUGAAGAGCGGCGUUGGGAAGCACACCUCAGCUAACGGCCUCACAUACAUUGGAGAAUGGCGUGAGGACAAGAUGCAGGGCAGAGGAACCCUGCAGUAUCCUUCUGGAGCUCAAUAUGAAGGAGAAAUCAAAGGCAACAUGUACCACGGUGCAGGAACAUACACCUUCUCAGAUGGCUCCAUGUACAAGGGUCAUUUUCAUGAGAACAGGUUAAAGGGAGUCGGGACCUUUACUGAUGUAGAAGGACAGGUUUGGACCGGAGAGUUCCACGGAAAAGAAGCUAUUGGACUUAAAUUGCAGCCCGUGUCGCCAAAGGAGGAAGCUUAGAAUCUGCAUUUCUGAAACACUGUAUUUCCGUUAUGGGCUGUUUUGGCAUAAUUGCCAUGGUUAAUUUUAUGCAUGACUGGCGUGUUUAUCUUCAUCUUCAAAAACAUCCCAUAGUGGUAUGUUUGCAUUAGUGUGGGUAAAUAUCUGUGAAAACUGUGAGUCAUGUCUGCUGCUUGCAGUCAUUCUCUCUCAGCUGUCUCUUCCUCCUAACGGGUUGCUUUGCUGCAGAGCAGCAAGUGUCGGCCUGUGUAAGCUUCAUUUAACACAUGAAAUAAACACGCUGGGAUUACUUUUCCAGCC